UUCUGCUCUCAGUGCUGGAAUGCAGAUUAUCCUGCUUUACUUUUGUACGUGACAGCCAGAGCUGUCACAGGGAACUUCAACAAUCAGACAGCAACAGUAGAAAGGGUUUGCUGAUUUUUUUUUCUCAGUACAGGAAUGGGGAGCAUUGAAUAUGAGACAUGGUCAUGGUCACAGCUCUUGGCGGUGUUGCUGCCUGCCCCUGGCUUCUGAGUCCUCUGUGCAGCAUUGCCAUCUCAGCGGGCUGCAGUGCCACUUGGGGGAAGCUGGGCCGUUACCCUCCAUGGCCAGGGAAGAUUGUUAACCCACCUAAAGAUCUGAAGAAACCUCGAGGAAAAAAGUGCUUCUUCGUGAAGUUUUUUGGAACAGAAGAUCAUGCUUGGAUCAAAGUGGAGCAGCUGAAGCCUUAUCACCCUCACAAAGAGGAAAUGAUAAAGAUUAACAAGGGUAAGCGCUUCCAGCAAGCUGUGGAUGCUGUAGAGGAGUUUCUUAGAAAAACCAAAGGCAAGGACCAGGCGUCUUCCCAUAACUCCAGUGAAGAGAAGAAUCGGCGUAAUUCCAGUGAAGAAAGAGGCAAGCAAUCUGCUGGUGAAGAGAAACGCAAAGCCAGUUUGUCUGAAGGAAAGGUGAAGAAGGGCACAGGGGAAGGAAAAAAGAGGGUUUCUUCUGUCUCGUCAGAGAGAGGAUCAAAAUCACCCUUGAAAAGAGCCCAGGAUCAGAGCCCCCGAAAGCGGGGGCGUCCACCCAAGGAUGAGAAGGACCUCACAAUUCCAGAGUCAAGUACAGUGAAGAGAGUGAUGACUGGAACAGUGGCUGGAUUUAAAUGGCCACCGAGUGUGAGCGAGCCUGUGAAGGACAGCGAUCCACACUUUCAUCACUUCCUGCUGAGCCAGACAGAGAAGCCAGCUGUCUGCUAUCAAGCCAUCACAAAGAAGCUGAAGGUUUGUGAAGAGGAGACAGGAUCCACCUCCAUCCAGGCAGCAGACAGCACAGCAGUCAAUGGCAGCAUCACACCUACAGACAAAAAGAUAGGAUUUCUGGGCCUUGGUCUGAUGGGAAGUGGCAUUGUCUCCAACUUGCUAAAGAUGGGUCACACUGUCACUGUCUGGAACCGGACUGCCGAGAAGUGUGAUUUGUUCAUCCAGGAGGGUGCACGGCUGGGAAGAACCCCUGCUGAAGUAGUCUCCACCUGUGACAUCACGUUUGCCUGUGUAUCAGAUCCAAAAGCAGCAAAGGAUGUGCUUGGUCCAAGUGGAGUGUUGCAGGGGAUUCGCCCAGGGAAGUGUUACGUGGAUAUGUCCACAGUGGAUGCAGAUACAGUCACAGAGCUCGCCCAGGUGAUAGUGUCCCGAGGUGGUCGCUUUCUGGAAGCACCAGUCUCAGGAAACCAGCAGCUCUCUAAUGAUGGAAUGCUUGUGAUCCUGGCAGCUGGCGACCGGGGUUUAUAUGAGGACUGCAGCAGCUGUUUCCAAGCCAUGGGGAAGACCUCUUUUUUCCUAGGUGAAGUAGGCAAUGCUGCCAAGAUGAUGCUGAUUGUGAACAUGGUCCAAGGCAGCUUCAUGGCAACAAUAGCAGAAGGACUGACUUUGGCUCAAGUGACUGGCCAGUCCCAGCAGACCCUUCUGGAUAUCCUCAAUCAGGGACAACUUGCCAGCAUCUUCCUGGACCAGAAGUGCCAAAAUAUCUUGCAAGGAAACUUUAAACCUGAUUUCUACCUGAAGUACAUCCAGAAGGAUCUUAGAUUAGCUAUUGCACUGGGCGAUUCUGUCAACCAUCCAACUCCCAUGGCAGCUGCUGCCAAUGAGGUCUAUAAACGAGCAAAAGCAUUGGACCAAUCUGACAACGACAUGUCUGCAGUGUACAGGGCCUACAUCCAUUAGGCUGCACCCUUCUUACUGUUCAUACAAUGAUGAUUGAUUAAUAUUAUUAUGAUACUGGGUUUUAACUUUGGACCAGUCCAUCUCUGUCUUUCCAUUUCCUUUUAUACACAAACUUUGAGACCUGCUGUGGUGAGCCUUCCACUGUGGCAGGAGGGGGGAGGAGGGGGCUCGGAUUGUUGCAGUCUAAUUAGAAAAAUCCAUGCCAUGCACUGACAGUCAUGAGACGAAACAGCGGCAAUUGUUCAGAAGCUCUGAGGCAACUCUGCCAGAAAUCUGCUGCUUGGCUACUUUAAUUUUCCUCUUUAUUUGCUAGUCCAAAAUGCUGUUUCUAACAAUCCCUUUUCUUCUUUGCUGUGAAAUAAUGCAAGUGUUGGACUGUCUGCAUCAAGGGGACAGGGUGACAUACAUCCCAUCUACCUGUGAAUAUCACUUGAGUCCUUGGUCCCAAGUGAGGUGAGGAGCAUGCCUGCUAAUUAGCCACUGUUAGAGAACAAAGCACCUCCCAUGGAGGAGAAGGGCAGUUCCAGAGGGUAAGGGGAGCUGAGUGCAACACUGUCUUGAUUCAGUUUCUUUUUAGACUUCCAUUUCCCCACCUUGAUGGAGGAAUUCCUGUACUGUUAAAGACAACACAUUGCAUCCAUGUCUUCCCCUGUACAGACAAGUACAGCUUAGGGAACACAAACUGUACUGAAAAUAGGAGAAUGCCUAUGUCAAUGAGACUCCUGAAAGGCUUAUCAUAGCCCAUCCAAAACAUCACUGGAAAGUAAUACGUUUGCAUAGAAAACUGCAAGACAAACAUAGUGCCUAUAAAACUGGGCUAGAGAUUUUACUUGUUCCCGGCCUUAGCUUACGUUAUGUUACUACUUGUUUGUUUUUUUAACCCCUGUAGUCAGUAAUUACAAAGAUGUCUUGGAUUGCAGCAGUGUCACAAGCAGAGUGGUGAGUCUGAAAAGGGAGAGAAGAAUGAUACAAGAGAUUGAGAUCCCUGAGCUCCUUCCCACGCUCUCUGGCCUUUGCAUGGUUGUCACAUCUCUCAGCCUGUUUGCCCAUCUGUAAAGGUGGGUGAUGGUUACCUACCUCACAGGGAUACUUUUGUGUACUGACUAGUGAUCUUUAUACAUGUCAGAUUUUCCAUACAUGUUCUUAGUGUUACUACUUUGGGUACAAGACAGCACAGCAUAAGCCUUCUCCCUGUAUCUGUGACUCUGCUUGUGGCCAGAUACCAGCUUCCAGAAAGACCAGUAACUGAGACUGGGGAGGCUAAGACCACUGCUGAGCUUUAGUCUAGAGAUGAGCGACGUGAACUGCAGAUGCCAAGGCUAGAGAUCAGAGAUACUUUCAGUGUAGAUAGCAGAGCAACUCAGAGUCCAAAGGAUGCCUGUCACAAAAAAUGCACAGAGUGUGGCUUGGUUUUUGGUUUGUUUGGGUUUUUUUUUUCCCCUCCAAUUUUCAGUAUUAGCCUUUUGGGAGUUUUCUUGCAUUUUAAAUUUGAGUGUUAGAAAAAUGCCAGUGAGAAACUUUGGCCAAAAUCACUUCUCAAGUGGUACAAUCUCCUUCCUCCCUUGGGCUGGGGUUCUGAAAGCAAAGAAGACAGAUUCAAAUUAGGCUGUGUUCCUGACAUCUGCCCCUGCCACCUUAUUUUUUUUUCUAGGAACUUAAUGGCUGUGUAAGGAAAUUUUCCCUGGGUUAGGAUUUCUUACCAGUCCUGCUUUGUGCAGCCUGUGUGUAUGGUUCAGGGACACCUUGUUAAGAAAGAAAGAAAGUGUCACAUACUAAUUUUGUCACAUAUUCAUUGAAUCACAACAUCUAAUGCCUUAUGCUGUAAAUGUUACUUUGAGUAUUUCACCUCCUGUGAUGACUGUUCCUUGUGGGCUAAUGCUGUAUUCUGCAUUACUUAUAUCCUGUACUGAACACCUGGCAACAGAACUGUCAGACCUCACUGCCUAUUGGCCACUGUGUGUGGGCGGUGGUAGUUCUACAUCUGUGUUCCUUUGGCAAUGCCACUGCCAUUCUGUAUGUAGGUAUUCACAUUAAAGGCAUGUAAAAUUGCCAGGAUAGCUAGCCAUUGACCUGCUUUGGCACACUGUUCUUCUCUACCCAGAACUCUGCAGUUAGCAUCUGAGGUCCUUUGUUAAACAUACUGUAGUAAAAAAAAUCUCUCAUAUGAAUUGUGCAUUGUGGGCAUCUGAGGGAAGUUGUAGGUUUGGAGGCAGGAAAUGAGACUAAAGGAAAAAAUCUUUUGGGAGGAAGAAGGAAGUACUGUCCCAUGUGCAGAGCCAGUUCAGUGGCAUCCCCCACCCGUCCCUGCCCUCUUGGGCCAGAGUGACCGUGAAUGGUGUGAGCAAAGGCAAUGGAGAAUCUUUGUUAGUUUGUGGUGCCUCUGGAUACAGAGAGAAUGCCAAAGGAGCUCUCAAAUCCUAUGACAGGUAUUUCAUAAUGAAUUCAAAGGACCGGUCCCAAGGCAGCUCACUGCUGCAGGGUUUGUUUCUAGAAAUACUGUAUUCCCAGAAUGGAGAUGGUUAUUUCUGUGGGAGUGGCAGAUGUGGAGUAGUUGAACACUGUAAUUUAUCCUGGAAAGGUCUGACUGCAGCUUUCAGCCGUUGUGGGUGGCUGUAGAGUGGCUGCAGUGCUGCCUGGACAGCUGUACAGUCACAGGUGUGCCCAGGGGGAGCAGGAGGAGACCAAAGAGCUCUGAUGUAGCUCUGAAGAGGAGGAAUGGAAAUGGGGGAAUCCAAACUGUUCCAGAUGCCAGUUGAGAUUGCUGUCAGUCUCACUCAGAUUCUUGUAUUUAUGUCUGUAGCCUCUGAACAUGGAUUUGAGUCUGUUCCUGGGCCUGAGAUUUGAGGGAGGGAAGUGAGGGAAGCAGUGGAUUGAGAGAUGCUCUAAUAAAACUGGCUAGUUAAAUGUUGUCCUAAUAUUGUUGACAAUUCUGUAAAGUUUCUUUUUAUGAAGAUUUGUUUUAGAAGUUUGCUUUUUUUGACUCCCUCCUUUUUAAAGAGAAAAUGUGACACUUGUGAAAGCUUGUAAGAAAAGCAGUUUCCUUUUUCCUCAAUGAUAGAUCCCAUAGUUCAUUAAGGUUGUGAAUUUUUAUUUUCCUGCCUUGUUUUUAAUUAACAUUUGUCAUUCAGAAUAGGAUGUGUGAAAAUGUUUAAAUGGCAAAGAUUUUUUUUUUUUUGUGCAAUUAACAAAGCUACUGGCAAAAAGAAUAAAACCUUUCUUGGUAACAGAA